GUCAAAUUGUGAAAAAACACACAAUGCUCAAGUUGUGUUCAAGCUGAAAUAUCUGAUUUCCUAGAACUUCAAUAUUUUUGUUGAGCUAAGGUUUCAGAUUGUAUAAACACAGCAAUUAAAUACACUAAGGACUUCACUUUCAGUUUUUAUUCAAUCGUCUAUAAUAGUAGGUACUUAUUCGAUUUCUACGUUAGACCUUUUAAAAUGGAUGAAGUUCGAGCAUUUUUUAUGAAUCCAACGCAAAGGAUUAAACUCAGAGGUCCCCUUACUGGAGGUGCUCGAAUCCUUACUGAAGAGGAUGACGAUAAGAUUUUUGGCAGAAAAAUGGAACAUCGGCAUUCAGCAUUGACUGAUGUCGGUACCGAUUAUGCCCGCGAAGUCAAGGAAAGGGAAACUGAGUUAUAUUUGCGGAAUGAAUUGAAUCGUGAAAAAGCUGCCAGCACAAGUGUGGCAGGCGGUCUAGAAUCUAUGGAGCACUUGUCUUUUGGAGUCUCUGUGCCCAACAUAGACGAGCUCAAUGAUGAAGCUAUGACAGAAGUAUACAACAAGUAUUCCUUCCAAAUGAAAGAGGACACUCAUAAUUUGGCUAUCAAUGCACACAAGCAGCAGAUUCUGGAUCGCAUCCAUGGUUUUCCAGUAGUCAUAGUGGAAGGUCCAACUGGGUGUGGUAAAACCACCCAGGUCCCACAAUGGAUCCUCGAUGACUGCUACCAGGCCCGACGUCCAUGUAGAAUAGUGGUUACCCAACCAAGGAGGAUUGCAGCCAUAUCUAUUGCAAAAAGAGUUGCACAAGAAAGAGGUUGGGAUGUUGGCGGUAUUGUUGGUUAUCAGGUUGGACUGGAUUCUCGUACUUCUACUGACACACGCAUUUCUUACGUCACCACCGGUGUAUUGUUGCAAAAGCUAGUUGCUGCAAAAACAAUGAACGAAUACACACAUGUGAUACUAGAUGAAGUCCACGAAAGGGGACAAGAGAUGGACUUCCUCUUACUGAUCGUGAAGAGACUACUAUACACUGUGUCGCCAGGAGUCAAAGUAGUGUUAAUGUCAGCCACGUUUAACAAGCAGGCCUUCGCUGACUACUUCAUGAUCCCCACCCCUCGAGGCCUACAGAUGUCAUCCUGCAUCAAAAUCGAGAAACAAGAACAAAUGUUCACUGUUAAAGAGUUCUACUUGAAUCAUUUGACGAAAUUUGGAUCGAUUCUUCACCAAUCAAUGCCAAAAACUGAUGAGCCAACCAUAGUUCCGGAGAUGCACCAUCUUGUCCUAAAACUUUUGAACGCAUUCGAGCACAUAGACAAGCACGAGGACCAAAUAACAGAUCGUGAUGAUGCAGAGCUUUCAUCUGUCCUCAUCUUCCUGCCUGGUAUCCAUGAGAUUGAGGACCUGUACGCUUGUCUCACGGACCUUGAUUUACGAGAAAAAAUUUGCGAUAGAGAGUGCCGUACGUACAGAUGGUACGUGUUGCCCCUACACUCCACUAUCACGUCGGAAGAACAAGCUCGCGUGUUCCAACGAGUGCAGAAAGGACACAGGAAGGUCAUACUCGCCACCAACAUCGCUGAGAGCUCUAUCACUGUACCUGAUAUAAAGUAUGUGAUCGAUUACUGCCUAAUGAAAGUGAUGGUCGCUGACCCGGAGACAAGUUUUACGUCAUUACGCCUCGCCUGGGCGUCGAAGACCAACUGCGAGCAACGAUCGGGCCGUGCCGGUCGAGUGCGCGAUGGACGUGUUUAUAGACUUGUUACUGAUAAGUUCUAUGAAGGAUUAAAACAGGAGUGCACACCAGAGAUAAUCCGGUGUCCCUUAGAGAGAUUGGUGUUACUAGCCAAACUGAUGGACAUGGGGCCGCCGAGCGAUGUGCUGGCGUUGGCCAUGGACCCGCCAGACAUCAGCAAUAUCCAGCGCACCAUACUUUCUCUUAAAGAGAUAGGAGCAAUGAAGAAGACGGUGGACGAUGAAUGGUGCGCCACGGACGGUGAUCUAACAUACUUGGGUCGCGUUGCGGCUAGACUACCCGUAGACGUCAAGUUAUCUAAGCUCAUCAUGCUGGGAUUCAUCUACGGGUGUCUUGAAGAGGCUGUUAUAAUGGCUGCCGCGAUGUCAGUGAAGAACUUGUUCAGCAGUCCGUUCCGUGAAAGGCUGAAUGCUUACAACUCUAAGCUGACCUGGGCUGACGGGUCCACCAGCGAUUGUAUCGCUUUUCUCAACGUUUAUAAGGUAUGGAGCCACCUCCGUCAACAACAAUACUUCAGAUCGGCUGGUCAGUCAGAGACGGCCUGGGCGCGUCGCUUCUACGUACAAGCGCGAGCACUACGCGAACUGGACGAGUUGGCGAAGGACCUUAGAAAACGACUCGCUACGCUAGGCAUUGAUCCACCCAAUGGCAAGUCACCGUGGAAUAAACAUGAACUUUCUCUGCUGUAUAAGGUGAUAAUAGCAGGCGCGUUCUACCCGCAGUACUUUAUCCAAGUGUCGGAGGACGAGAGCCGGGAACGUGACGCAGUGCGUACACUCGGCGGAAAUGAUCCUAGGAACACGGUUUACUUGAAGAAUUUCCCGGACGACCAACCAGGCGAAGUGUACGCGGGUGCGAUAAAGAAGGCAGUUUUGAAGCAAAUUUCUGAAGAGCCGCGAGUUACCUUCGAUAGUACUAGCAGGAAAGUGUACUUGACAUUCAAUGAUGGAUCGGACGUCAAACCUGGAAAUCAAAAUAGUGGCGACCCCACAAUACCUGGCCAAGUGGUCCUGCCAGUGUACAAAGCUGUGAAGGCCAGACAGCUUCGGAUAGACGUCAGGAUACCAUUAUUGCCUCGGGACAAGGCGCAAACGAUGGCCGCGGCGUAUGCCUUGGACAAGAUGGCGUUGGACUUAGAAUUAAUGGUGCCUCGUCUACCCGAAGUCGAUGAUACACAUUUCCCUAUGAAGAUUAGUCAGAUGACAAGCAUAAACAAGUUCUACGUGCAAUACGCGGACGAGAGUACGGAGCGUGAGUUGCAUACUAUACAGUCUGCGUUGAACAAGUCUACGUUACUGGCUCACACGGGGCCCGUAGUCGCGGGGAAUAUAUUGGCUGCGCCGUAUACUGAGGCUGGGUCUACGCAGAUAUGUCGCGUCAGAGUCAUGGCAUUGCUACCCAGAGAAAUGGUUGAGGUAUUGUACAUAGACUACGGCAGCGAGGGUCGCGUCCACUCGUGCAACCUGCGCGGGCUGCCCGCGGCGGCCAGGUCGUCGCCCCCGCUGGCCAUGCGCUGCCGGCUGGCGGGGCUGGCGCCCAGUCCACUGCUGGACUCCCACGGACACUACACUCCCGCCGCCACACAACGCUUCGUGCAACUCGCUUCACGAGGCAGAUUGCUCGCCAAGGUGUAUUCCGUGGUACAUGGAAUAAUAAACAUCGAGCUACUGGCAGAAGGCGGGAGGCUCAACGUAAACAACGAGCUUAUUAGGCUAGGUUUCGCUGUUUCCUGCGAUGAGAGUUACGAAUCUAAGCUAAACCACGACAUUCGAGAGAUGGCAGUAGAUAUGAACAUGGUUCAGAAACGCGCGCACAAUAGGGAACAGUUAGAGAUGGCUUACUACCAACUGAACGAGAUUGAACCGCCUAGCACUAAGGAAUGCGACUCCGAUGUAUGCCUCAAAGGCCCGUACAGUCCGUUGGAGACGACAGUGCACACUCUGAUGUUUGCGAGCCGGGACCUGCCCGUGUCUAUAGAGUGGAACUCCGUCAACUCUGUGUUAUUAGACACUGAGCCACAGGAGAGAUAUGAAAGACUGGUAGUAGCAGGCGACGUGGGUAGCAACGAGCAGCGCUCCCGUCUGACCCUGCGACACACCACGCUGAUGCCCAACAUACCCGGCCUGCCUGCCAUCAUCGCGCUACUCUUCUGUCCCGUCGCGGAGCUCCGCCGCAACUCGCUGGGCACGCGCUACGUGUGCGCGCUGUGCGGGCUGGGCAGCACGGACGCGGGCAAGCCUUACUUGCCCGAGCACGAUCUACUCAUUGACAUCGACGCGGACCUCGACGUAGAGGAUAUUGGUCUUAUCAACCACAUCCGCCACUUGAUGGACUACAUGAUGUUCUGCUACGACGGACAGGAACAGCCCACUGCCGAGGACGCGUUCAAACCUCAAGUACCACAGCUCAUACGCAAGGAUCUACUCGCCCUUCUAAUGAAACGCCGUCGCCACCGCGAGCCGGAAUACGUGGCCCGUACAUGGGAGUGGCGUUCCGUGGCCGAGGCAGAGCUCCUGGAGAUCUCAGUCCCUGACAUGAUGCAGUGCGCCGUUAUAUACCCACUACUGGCGCCGCAGGAACUACUGCCACUCACCAGGGACCAUCUACUGAAACUUAAGAAGGAAAAUGAAGAACUUAAGUUGCUUGUGUCCAGGACACCAAAUGCUUCGAGCAUGGAGUUGACCUGCAAACUAUGCAACACGAAGGCGAUGUCUCUUCACUCAAUGCGCAUACAUUUAUACUCAAACUCUCAUCGCGAUAAAGAAGAAGAUUUCCAAACACUUCAGUCGUAAAUAUUACGUUAUUUUUUCUUAAUUUUUUAUCAUUACUUCUUGUAUUAUCUAGUUUUAAGUUUGUCGAUACGAUUUUUAACAAAUCACUAUGCAAAUUCGGGUCUCUAAACAAUUUCUAAUGUGCAUCGAAUUAUAAAAUCUUAUUUCAAAAUUUAAUAAAUAUAUUCACAUACGUGGAAUUAAAAAUGAUUCUAUUAUCCCUGACAAUUGUCGAAAGUGUCUAAAAAGAUCUGUAAAUGUACUCACAUUUCGUGAGUACUUUGUAUGUGUUCAUACUAUUAAGUUAGUAGUUUCAAUCUUGAUAUACUUAUCUAGCUUAAAAAGAUUAUCUCGAAUAUUAUUAUGUACUCAUUUUUUGUCGACUCUGUUACUAAGAUGUUCAACAUAGGUGCAAAGAUUAGUAUAAAAUAAAUGAAGGCGGCUCUAGACAUUGGGCCAACGCAUUGGGCCAAUAUAGUGAAUUAUAAUGUCCCUGGCUACACAUUGAGCCAACGCUCAAUGCCUUUAUAAAUAUGUAUUGUAAAUCAAUAACUUGUAAUUGUAUUUUCAAUACUUGCUGAACAAAUAUUUUGAAAAACUAUUUUUUUAGUUCCUGCCUUCUUAUACCAAAGUUUUCUGUUCUGUGUAUAAAGAAAUGUGUGAUUACAGUGGCCAUGUUUACGAUUUCUUUUUCUAUUUGUAACUAUUAAGUCUUUCUUGAUACUUGUGAUUAGAAAUAUCAUUUUUCUUUGUUGAUUAUUUUCUUUGUAUACAUUUAUGCAAAAUUAUUGUUUUCAUUAGAAAUCCAGUUUAGUUAUUUUUGUGAAUAAAGGACAAAUCCUUGUACUUUUUUGUUAUAAUUUUUUGUUAAUGAUCCCAAUUUCGUUUUAAGGUUUUAUUACCUCUAUACACGAUCUGUGGAAUUAUUUGAUAAGAGUGUCCAUCCACCUAUUUUUGGUUUAUUCAAACUCUUGCCGUCCACUCACGUCUAUACAAGUACACAUAUAAAUGCUCCAAUUAGAGUUUUUCUUCCUAAAAAAUAUUAAUAAAAAAUUUUCAUCCCACCGUGAUUUGCUUAAGCCAUUCCUUUCAUUCUAGUUUUGUAAUUACUUAUGUAUGUGAUAUUCUGACUAUUAAUACUGUGUAAGAUUUACCUUAUACAACUUAUAUUUUUGUAUAUUUCAAAUAAAUGUUAAACUAUUGUAGAUUUGUGUAACAAACAAUAAUAAGGGCACUAUUUUAUUAAGACUAGUCGUACAUGGACAAAAUGUGGAGGAUAUUUCCCUUGGUGUCAAAUUUGUUGCGUAACUGUUAGCCGGCAACCAUAUUAUCCUGUAUUUGUUCUGGUUUCUCUCUACAGACAAUAUGGUGGCGCGAUUAGUCGUGCGACAAAGGUUAUAUUCUGAUAAAAUAGAGCUGUAAUCCUUAGCUGCUGAUUGUGAAUAAAAACUACAUCUAAUUGUUGAAAGUUAAAAUAUAUUUUAUUACCUAAUAAGUUCUAUAAUGUCCAAAUACUAAAACGCUACUUAAUUAUAGUUCUGUCACUGUUCAUUCUUUGUAGAAUGACAGAGAUAACAUGAUAUUUGAGUAGCCUUUCAGUAGUUAGACCCAAGACAAUUGUUUUUCUCCUUAUUAUAGUCAAUCUUGUCUGUCUAUGAUACAUUGACAGAUUCGUGAUUAGUAUAUAAGUUACGAUACUUGACAAAAUAAAUAUAUAUUAAUUAAA